CUCAGACAUGGACAGCCGCAGGAAGAAGUUGAAGUUCAAGUGGCUUCAGACUACCAUCCCCUCACCCACACAGCUUCAGGAUAGUGAUGCUAGCCCAGGAACACCGUCUUGCUGGAAUAUGUCUCCGAAUGAAGAUUCAUAUAACCUCAGCAGCUCUCCAGGACCUGAUGGCCUUGGGGCAAUGAGUCUGAACACUCCCAAGAGAAAGGCCAAAGAGCUUGGUGAAAGCACGCCCUCUUUAGGCAAGCUUAAGCUGAGGAAGCUGUCCAGGAAAAAUUAUGAAGAAAUCAUAACCUCAGAGGAGAAACCCAUAGAAAACUCUUCCAGGCAGCUAGGAUCCUCGGAGAGCGACCAAGUAUUGUUAACUUCACUUCACUCUUUCCUUGUGAAAAAAAGAGAGAGGACACCAGAGGAAGGAUUGAAAGCUAUCUACAGCAGGGCACUAAUAGCAGCCAUUGGCAGCUCAAAUGAAAGGGGCAGCACUACAAAUACCCCUGUGACCUCACCACUGGAGACCCAAGUGCUCAGUCCGGCAUCACUUGACAGGAACCCCACAUAUAUAGAUUGUUCCCCAAUUAAACCGGUGUAUGAAUCUGAGGACAACGGCAGUAUUCAGGAAGAAUCAUGGGAGCCCAACGUUCAGUCGUCUGAGGACUCUGAACCCCAAGGUGGUGGAUCAGAGUUAUUAACAGACACAAGAACUGUGGUGCUAAAAGAUGAAGAUUUACAGAAGAGGUUUGUCGAUCCGGACCAUGUGUUGGUAGAAACAACCUCUCAGGACAAGUUAUUUGCUGCAGAAAAUGGAUCGGAAGACAAAUGCUGUGACGCUCCCCUUGAUGUUGAGGAGUAUAGCCCAGAUUCUAGGUGUUAUUUCUCACCUCAUCAGUUUGCUUCUCCUGAUAGCCAUCAAUGGGAAAGCCCUCCAUUGAAUACCCAGGGAGCUACAACUUCCUCUUUCACGUUUUCAUCCCCCAAUGAAACGUCUUGGGCCGCUGUGGAGAGGCCUUUCUCACCAUCACAGAGGACAGUUGUUGUCCCCUUUAUGGCCAACCAAACAAACACAGUCCCUUCAAAGGCAUCCAAAGUUCGGACUGAGAGUUUCUGCUCUUCCUACGCUGUGUCCCAUGUAUCGGAUCCGUAUGCUCUGCCACUCCACUCCAGAAGAGGACAGUGGAACUCCACAGCCACACACAGGAAGUCAGAUUCAAGCUUCUUCAUGCGUCACACCUCGACACAUUGUGACCGUCCUAAAAGAAGACGAUCCAUGGAAGCUGCACCUUUUGGGACCAACUACCCGGGCAGUCAGGUUGGGUUCAUAGACACACACUGUCACAUAGACAUGCUCUAUGGAAAGCUUGGUUUCCGCGGGACGUUCAGCAGCUUUCGAAGGCACUACCAAAGCAGCUUUCCUCCUGAGUAUAGAGGCUGUAUCACCAACUUCUGCAACCCAAGGGCCACGGCGAAGGAGGCCCUGUGGGAAGGUCUGCUGGCUGAAGACAUGGUAUGGGGGGCCUUUGGGUGCCACCCCCACUUUGCCAAAUUCUACUCAAGUGUCCAUGAACGCAGUAUGCUGAUGGCCAUGCGGCAUCCAAAAGUUGUGGCGUUUGGUGAGAUUGGCCUGGACUACUCCCACAAAAACUCUACUGAAACCUCCAAACAGAAAGAGGUGUUUGAGCGCCAGCUGCAUUUGGCUGUGGCCAUGCAGAAGCCUCUGGUGAUCCACUGCAGGGACGCUGAUGACGACCUGCUGGAAAUCAUGAAGAAGUGCGUCCCCAGGGAGCACAAGAUACACCGGUAUGUGUGGAGGAAAAUAAUCUGACUAACUUUCCUGUUC